CUUGAAUUAAAAUUUCUCAUAGAUUUAUCUUUAUCCUAUUACAAUGAUUCCUUGAAUCAAUGGGAGCCACUGAUUGAAACUUUACCUGAAGAAGGUGAUCGUAUGUGGUCGCUUCAAUUAGAAUUAAUCAGUAUGAAUAAUAAUACUAGUAAUACUAGUAAUAAUAAUAAUAAUAAUAAAGCAGAAUGUUUAACCAACGACGAUGGUGUUGAUAAUGCUGAUGGUGAUGAUGAUUGGGUGAAUGUUGGCUGUUUACAAGCAUCAACUAAUACAAUAUUAAUUCUAUCUAGAGAUAAUUUAGAAAUUACUAUUUCAAAAAUUGCUUUAGAUAUGUUGAAUAAUUUGGGUCGUUCAUUUGAAGCAGCCUAUAAAUUAAAAAAUAUCAAAUCGAAAUACAACGAUUCUACCGAUCACAUUGUAGCACCUUAUCGUAUUGUCAAUAAAACUGGAUGUCAACUAGUAAUAAGAUAUAAUGCACAAGCUUUAUCAUUGGUCCAUUUCAAUAAUGAUCAUUCAAUCAUUCAAACCAAUUCUACUCAAACAUCACUAGGAUCUUCUGAUAAAGCAGUGAUUUCAUCAAGUACUGGACAGGAUUCAACAGCAGCAGCAACAACAACAACAAAUCAACAUCAAUCAAUCAUACUUGAUUCACAACGCGAAAUGGGAUUCUCUGAGUUGACAAAAACUGAAAGAACUCGAUCGAUUGUUUCCACAUACAAAGAUUCACGUCAUCAUAUAUGGAUAUCUCUGUCAAAUGCAAGUGAUCAAUCUGUGCCUCGCAGUUCCAUAUCAAAUUCUGAGGUUGUUUUUCAAUUAUAUCGUGGUGAUAGUGAAUUGCUUUGUUUAGCUAAAGAUUCCAAUAAUAAUGAGGAGAAAACAUCGAAUAAAUCAGAUCGUCGCAUUACCAUUUAUCCUAUUGUUGCUGAUGUUGAAGCAUGUCUUGGUGUGAAAUCGAUCACAUUCCGUUCUACAGUUCAAAUUUUGAAUAAUACAUCUGAACGUAUUUGUAUUUAUUCACUAUUGAUCAAAUCAUCGGAAUCAACCAAUCAACAACAACCUGGUUUAUUAACCACUAUUGAUGCUGGUCAUUUGUAUUCACUUCCUGUGGAAAUAGUGAAUUCACGUCGACAAACCGGUAUAUUUAUUGGACCGGAACUGGAAAAACCAGUAAUUUCAACAACUCCUGUCUAUUGGCCAGAAUUUGCUUGUGGAGUUGAAAAAUACACACCGAGUAAUGCCGAUUCUCAUUUACCAUUUCUUGCACCAUAUGCUCAAGCUGUAUCCUCAACAAAUAUCGAUUCUAAAACAUGUAGUUCAUCACAAUUUCAAUGGCCUAAUCAAUUAGUUGAAUGUCGUCCAAACAAUACUUGUAGUAGUACUAGUAAUAAUAAUAAUGACUCAGUAUACUUUUACAAUGUAGUUGUAGUAAAUCAUGAUUAUCAAUCUAAUCCGUUUGAUGAUCAGUUUAAUAAAACUACUACUACUACAACAACUAGUAGUACUACUGCUACUACUACUACCUGUAACAUUGAUCAUCAGCGUAAAACAUCAUUAACUGCAGUGGCUGAUGAAUUGCGUACAACACAAAGUAAAAUGCUACAUGGUGAUAAAUUACACGUGUCAUAUUGUGAUUUUCAAAUGAUUAUUCAAACAGCUGUGGUAUUUUAUAAUCAAUUGCCGUUUCCAAUUAGUUUUAUGUUAUCAAAUAUUACCAAUGAAAUCUCUGCUGGUAGUCAUUAUGCAUUGAAAUCUAUACCACCAAAUAAGGCAUUUAUUGAAAUUUCAUUCGAAUACAAUGGUAAUGUGUAUCGAGGCAAAUUGGAACUACAUUUACAAAUGGAUGAAUAUAGUGUGAUUGAAUUUGAUUCGCGUAAAGAAUAUGAAUCUUGUAAUUUG